AUGAAGCAUCUGGGGGUGUCCCUCAAGGGGACCAAGCUGUCCCCGUCCCCCCUACAGCUGAACCACAGCGGCCGCUACCACUGCAAGGGCUGGCCAUCACGGAGAGGACCAGUAACAGUGACAGUGCAAGAGCUCUUCCCAGUGCCAGUGCUGGAGGGUCCAAUCCCCAAGACCUCCCAUUCCCUCCCACACCCCCUUUAUUCCCUCAGCGGCCCCCCAGAUCCCCCAGUGCCCCCAGAGGAGGGGGAGGGGCUGUACAUCCAUGUCGUGGUCACCAAGGGAACAGGGGGUGAGUACAGCCUCAUCCCCAUCCGGUCCCCAGCCUGUGGCCACCCUGCCCCCACCAAGGGCCACCGCCACAUGAAGGUGACACCUGACCUCGCUUCCUUCCCCUUUGGCCAAAGACCCGCCAGCGAGGGUGCCCAGACCACCCAGCUCCUCGUGGAGCCCCCCUGGAGGCCGGCGGUGUGGUGGGACUCGGUGACAUUGACCUGCCAGGGCUCAGGGACAGCCGGUGCCACCACCUGGUACAAGGAUGGGGAGCGAUGGAGGCAGCAGGGACACGACAAUAUCACUGUCACCGAGAGCGGCACCUACACUUGUGACAGACCCGACACUGGGCGCAGCCCCCCUGUGAAAGUGUCAGACGACCUGCUGGUGCUGCAGGUGCCAGCGCGGGUACUGCUGGAGGGGGACACGGUGACACUGCGCUGCCGGGGCUGGCGGAACAGCCCGGUCACCUCGGUUUCCUUCUACCACGAGGAGAUGGAACUGGGAGUGUUGCCCAAUGGCACCGAGCUGUCUCUGUCCCCUCUGCAGCUGAGCCACAGCGGCCACUACAGCUGCAGAGGCCAGGUGGGAUCCUGGGGGUGGCAGGAGUCAGUGCUGGUGACAGUGACAGUGCAUGGUGAGCACCCCACAGCUGCCACACCGACACCCCCACUGCCCCUCCCCAGGGACUGGGGCCCACAAAUCUCCCUCCCCACUCCUUCCCAGAGCUCUUCUCAGUGCCAGUGCUGGAGGGUUCCCCCAAGCCCACCAAGGGGUCCCCCUGACUCUCAGUUGCCUCAGCACCCCUACACCCUGCAGCCCCGAGACCGCCUCCUGCCCAUGUUCUACCAGGACAGGCAGGUGGUGGGGGACUUGCAGGGGUCCCCGCAGCUGCUGGUGCCCACCAUGGAGGUCUCCCACUUGGGGAAUUACAGCUGCGAGGUGUGCUUCAAGGGGAGUGCCGUGCGGAAGAGUAGCACCUAGCUCUGCGUCACGGUGUGCAGUGAGUGUGGGGUUGGGCAUGGGGAGCCCCCAGAGACCCCUCUGGUCCCCUGCCUGGGUAUGUCCAUGUGCUUCAGACACCUCUGCUGGGUCCCCCGCAUCUGCCCUGUGGCCCCUCCCCUGUACAUGGUGUGACCCCACCCCCAAA